CUUCUCAUUACCUCUUCUCCCAAACCCUUCCCUCUCUUCUUUCUUUCUUUUGCUUUCUCUCUUUUCCUUUCUCUCUUCUAUGCAUCAACCAUUCUCUCUCUCUCUCUCUCUCUCUCUCUCUAACUGUUUGAUGUGAUUAUUCUCUCCACUUGUAUUGCCUCCCAAAAAAUUAAACCAUCAACCUUUACAAAAGAGAAAGCUCCAAGAGGAACCAUGGUUUAUACUUCCAUCCCAGCAUAUAUUGAUCCAGCCAACUGGCAGCAACAGCACCCAAAUCAUCAGCAGCAACCCAACAACACUGCUGUCAGCUCCCACCUUAUUCUUCCACCACCAAUACAACCGCCGCCGCCGCCUCCACCAUCGCAACCCCAUGGACUCGGUGGUAGUGCCACUGCCGGCUCCAUCAGGCCCGGUUCCAUGGCGGAUAGAGCCAGGAUGGCCAACAUACCCAUGCAGGAAGCUCAACAGAAGUGUCCAAGAUGUGACUCCAGCAACACAAAGUUUUGCUACUUCAACAACUACAGCCUCUCUCAGCCCCGCCACUUCUGCAAGGCUUGCAGAAGGUACUGGACUCGUGGCGGGGCCUUGAGGAACGUCCCUGUUGGUGGCGGCUGCCGGAGGAACAAGAGGAGCAGAGGAAGCUCCGGCAGCAGCGCCAGGUCGCCUGCAAACUCGGAUCGCCAAACGGCGAGUGCCGGCUCCGCUUCCACAACCAGUGGCUCCUCUUCUGCUGACAUGGUGGCAGGCCUUGGCGGCACCGGAGUGCCGUCGUCUCUUAGAUUCAUGGCUCCAUUGCAUCAUCUUGGCGAUCACCACCUCGGUGGUGGUGGUGGUGGUGGUGGAGGAGAGAUAGGAUUAAACUAUGGUUUGAACUAUGGGUCGAUUUCAGGUCCAAUGGGAGGAAUAGGGGACUUGAAUUUCCAUAUUGGAAACGCUUUGAAUGGUGGUGGUGGUUCUGUGUUGUCUGGUUUGGACCAAUGGAGGAUGCCACAAACUCACCAAUUUCCCUUCUUGUCUGGUUUGGAAGCUUCUUCAUCGCAUGGGUUGUACUCAUUUGAUGGUGCUAGUGGUAGUGAUGGCUAUGGUGGCACUCCCAUUAAGGUUUCGACUUCUGGGGUGAUGUCUCAGUUUGCUUCUGUCAAAAUGGAAGAUAAUCAUCAGGAACUUGGUUUGCCUAGACAGUUCUUGGGAGUCAACAAUAACCCUAAUACAAAUGAACAAUAUUGGAGUGGUGGUGCUGGUGCUGGUGGUGCUACUUCUGCUUGGACUGAUCUUUCUGCUUUCAGCUCUUCUUCCACUACUAGUAAUCCCCUAUAGAAUUUUCUUCACUAUUAUGAAGUUUCUGGCUUUUGGUUCUUCUGUUUCCUUAGACAAAGUUUCGACCAAUUCGGUUACAAUUUCCCCCACGUGAAAAGCUUCGAGGAUGGUUAAGUACUUUGCUUUCUUUUAUGAUCAAAUCAAAACCCUAGGGAUGUUAGUUUUUCUAUUCCCCCACUUUUAAUCUUUAUAUGUUGUUAUUUCUUCUUCCUUUUCUCUCUCUUUCUUAGGUUUAGGUUGUUUUGUAUGGGAAGGUUUUACUAUAUAUGGUGAAAUUAUGAGUUCAAGAUAGUGAAUGUUGCAGUCGAUAA